GGGCGACAGGCGGCGGUGGGCCAGGCUGGGUCGGGAAAAGGCGGCCAGACUUGCCCGAGAAGGGAGAGGACAGCCCGCCGGGCGGGGCGGGGGAGUGCAAAGCCGGGCACCCUGGCACCGGGCAUCCACAGAAGAGCCCGCCGCCCACCCGGAGCCGCCGGAGUCCGCCACCGCCGGCCGGCCCCUCUGGGAUGUCCGAAGGACCCAGGCAACCAGGACCGUGACGGAGCAAGCCCGAGGAUGGGACGGCGCCCGCAGCUCCGGCUUGUCAAGGCCCUUCUCCUCCUGGGGCUGAACCCCGUCUCCACCUCCCUCCAGGACCAGCACUGCGAGAACCUGUCCCUGGCCAGCAACAUUUCUGGGCUGCAGUGCAAUGCCUCUGUGGACCUUAUCGGCACCUGCUGGCCCCGGAGCCCUGCAGGACAGUUGGUGGUUCGUCCCUGUCCUGCCUUUUUCUAUGGCGUCCGCUACAACACAACAAACAAUGGCUACCGGGAGUGUCUGACCAAUGGCAGCUGGGCUGCACGGGUGAAUUACUCUGAGUGCCAAGAGAUCCUCAAUGAGGAGAAGAGGAGCAAGAUUCACUACCAUAUUGCCGUCAUCAUCAACUACCUGGGUCACUGCAUCUCCUUGGUGGCCCUCCUUGUGGCCUUUGUCCUCUUUCUGCGGCUCAGGAGCAUCCGGUGUCUGAGAAACAUCAUCCACUGGAACCUCAUCUCAGCCUUCAUCCUGCGCAAUGCCACGUGGUUCGUGGUCCAGCUCACCAUGAGCCCCGAGGUCCACCAGAGCAAUGUGGGCUGGUGCAGGUUGGUGACAGCUGCCUACAAUUACUUCCAUGUGACCAACUUCUUCUGGAUGUUUGGCGAGGGCUGCUACCUGCACACGGCCAUCGUGCUCACCUACUCCACCGACCGGCUGCGCAAAUGGAUGUUUAUCUGCAUCGGCUGGGGUGUGCCUUUCCCCAUCAUUGUGGCCUGGGCCAUCGGGAAGCUGUACUAUGACAAUGAGAAGUGCUGGUUUGGCAAACGACCUGGGGUAUACACUGACUACAUCUACCAAGGCCCCAUGAUCCUGGUCCUGCUGAUCAACUUUAUCUUCCUUUUUAAUAUCGUCCGCAUCCUCAUGACCAAGCUCCGUGCAUCCACCACGUCUGAGACCAUUCAGUACAGGAAGGCUGUGAAGGCCACACUGGUGCUGCUGCCCCUCCUGGGCAUCACCUACAUGCUGUUCUUCGUCAACCCUGGGGAGGACGAGGUCUCCCGAGUUGUCUUCAUCUACUUCAACUCCUUCCUGGAAUCCUUCCAGGGCUUCUUCGUGUCUGUGUUCUACUGUUUCCUCAACAGUGAGGUCCGCUCUGCCAUCCGGAAGAGGUGGCAUCGAUGGCAGGACAAGCACUCGAUCCGUGCCCGUGUGGCCCGCACCAUGUCCAUCCCCACGUCCCCCACCCGGGUCAGCUUCCACAGCAUCAAGCAGUCCACAGCAGUCUGAGCUGCAGGCCACGAAGUGGCCCUGAGACCUGAAACUGAGGCAAUGACAGUCCAGCUCAACUACUCUGUCCAUGGAGGCGACAACCUUCCCACUCCCUCUCCC